GGCAGGGACAUGUUCUUCUUCCUUGUCUUGGCUGUGGGCGGACAUUUUGCCAUAUCCCUGGUUAAGGAUACUUGUGGAGAGAGAGGGGUAUUGCAAUAAUUGUGGAAUAGAGAUGCUGUUCUCAGUCACCUCUCGCACCCUCCUGCGCUUCCCUCACUCCGUUUUCUCCAGCCUCCAAUUUCUCCUCUACAACACUUCCUCUUCCAAAAAACCACCAUUUAUCUCGCACCCCACUUCACAUUCCACUCAAAAAAAUCAAGAAUCAUCCAAAAUUUUCACCAAUUCAACGCUAACUCACUUAAAUUCCGUCGAUUUUAAUCCCACCACAGUUCUUGAAACCCUCUAUUGUUACGCCAAUGACUGGAAUCUUGCGCUGGAAUUCUUUAACUGGGUCGAAACUCAUUGCGGGUUCCAGCACACCACCCAAAGUUACAACCGCGUCAUUGACAUACUUGGUAAAUUUUUCGAGUUUGAUAUCGCGUGGGAUUUAAUAGGAAGAAUGAAGAAUCAUCAAUCUUCAUUUCCUGAUCACGUCACGUUUCGUAUUUUAUUCAAGAGGUAUGUGUCGGCCCACCUCGUUAAAGAAGCGAUUGAUGUGUUUGAUAAAUUGGAUGACUUUAAUUUGAGGGAUGAAAUUUCCUUUCUGAAUUUGAUUGACGCUUUGUGCGAGUACAAACAUGUGAUAGAAGCAGAAGAAUUAUGCUUUAAGAAGAAAAGGGAUAGUAAUAAUUAUAAACAGUUGGGAAUUAAUGUGGGGAGUACAAAAAUUUAUAAUAUGAUUCUUCGCGGGUGGUUUAAAAUGAAAUGGUGGAGGAAAUGUAGGGAGCUUUGGGAGGAGAUGGAUAAGAGGGAUGUUCAAAAAGACUUGUAUUCGUACUCAAUCUAUAUGGAUAUACAAUGCAAAAGUGGAAAGCCAUGGAAGGCUGUGAAGCUGUAUAAAGAAAUGAAGCAGAAGGGAAUUCAAUUGGAUGUCGUAGCAUACAACACCAUUAUUCGUGCUAUUGGGAUUUCAGAGGGGGUUGAUGUGGCAGUUAGGCUAUACAAGGAGAUGAUUGAAUUGGGUUGUCAACCAAAUGUUGUAACUUUUAACACCAUAAUGAAGCUUCUGUGUGAAAAUGGAAGGUUCGUGGAGGCACAUAAAUUGCUCGACCUGAUGUUUAGAAAGGGUUGUGAGCCAAACGUGAUUACAUACCAUUGCUUCUUUGUGUGUCUUGAAAAGCCUAGAGAGAUUCUAAAGUUGUUUGAUAGGAUGAUCGAAUGUGGAGCACAACCUAGAAUGGACACAUAUGUCCUGCUCAUGAGGAAGUUUGAGAGAUGGGGUUUUCUACGGCCAGUUUUGCUCGUCUGGAAGAAGAUGAAAGAGCAAGGAUUGAGCCCAGACGAGUUUGCUUAUAAUGCUUUAAUUGAUGCUUUGCUGCAGAAAGGUUUGGUUGAUGUGGCACGCAAGUAUGAUGAAGAGAUGUUAUCCAAAGGACUUUCUUCUAAGCCAAGGGCUGAACUAGGCACAAAACUACAGAUCGAAGGUUCUUUUAUUGGUUGAUUUUUAUAAAUUGGUUUAUAUGGCAAUUUUACACUCAAGAAGUUCAGAGUCUUAUCUGGGUGGUCAGACAUCAAAAUGGGGUUUGUUGUGCUGAGGUUAAAACUUGUGUCAUUUAGGAAAAUUGCUAAUGGCGGAGACAUCUGACGAGAAAAUCUACAAUAAGCUCUAUGUCUAAAGUGUUCUCAUAAAAUCUAUAAGGAGAUCCCUGUUUCACAAUUCUCGUCUGAAACAUGGCUUCAUACUGAGCUGGCAUAUUAGUUAGUGAUAUCUGAUGAAAAAUCUAAAGUGAGCUCUAUGUCUAAAGUAUUCUGGGAAAAUCUAUAAGGAGAUCAAUGUUUCUCAAACUGAUGUGUGUUUCUCUUGUGUGAAACAUUACCUUUUGCUUUGCUGUGAGAAGAGUAGGCAGUUUAGUUCUUUAUAGACAAAAUGUAUACCUUUUUGAGCUUCUCUUUGACCCGUUGGACAUUUGGUGCAGGUUUAGAAGGGAUUUACCUUGAUUGGUGUAUAUUGUAACAGUUAUCACAUUCUUAAAUUUUAAUGCCUGUUCUAGUCUCACAUUAUGUUUCCGUGUUCAGUUUACCUCUAUAGAAAUUAAGUUCUGGUUGUCUGGUGAUA